CAUCCGCGUCGGUGAGAAAAAUCAAUCGCGCGAUUCCCGCCUCCGUCGGUCGUCAAGGCAACGCGUAAACAGCGGGGAGACGCGAGCCGAUUCACUCGUCUGUGCAUUUAGUUCGUUGUGUUGUGACUUUUGUGGUUCUUGGAGAUGGCGGAUGAAGCAGCCCCCGGGGCGCCAGUGGAGAAGAUUGUGCACACGUACCCUCUGAUUCGUCACACGGACAUGAGCGAAGAGAUGCGGAUAGAGGCCCUCGAGCUGUCCGUGACGGCGUGCGAGAAGUACGCCAACAACAAUGAGCUAGCGGCGCGCAUGGUCAAGGAGAACAUGGACAAGAAGUUCGGCCCCGCCUUCCACGUGGUCGUGGGGGAGAGCUACGGGUUCGAGAUCACCUAUGAGUGUACCACCAUCUGCUAUAUCUACUUUGGGGGGAACCAGGCGAUUAUGAUGUGGAAGUGCUCUUAGAAUUUAGCGAUACAAGCAA